AUGGACUCGUAUGCGGUGCAUUUAGCCAUGGCCGCGCUGGUUGGGGCGUCGGUGGUGGCGGUAUCGGCGUAUUACAUGCACCGCAAGACCCUAAACCAGUUGCUGGAGUUCGCUAAGACUAUGGAGAGGGAGAGGGGUAGGGGGGAGGAGGGCGGCGGUGGCGUCGCAGCGGCGGUGGAUGAAGGAGGUGGUGCCGACGAUUCGCCGCAGCAUUUGAACAAGUACAGAGGUGCGGAUGGGGUGGAGAAGAGGCGAAGCCAUGGGCGGCAGAAAGGAAGCAACGGGUACUACCGCCGGGGUUCGGCUUCAAUGCCGGACGUCACGGCUAUUUCCAGAGGGAUGGAUGUUGUUGAAGAGAAAAGGAUUAUGAAUGGUCCAAUCCAUGUUGAUUGUAUUCCCCUUGGGUUGCCGAGACUCCACACCCUUCCGGAAGGGAAACCUGGGCAUGCUAGUUCUUCCAAGAGAAGUGGACAUCUUAUUAGACCCACUUCUCCCAAGUCUCCUGUCCCCAGUGCUAGUGCAUUUGAAAGUGUAGAAGGAUCAGAUGAUGAAGACAAUGUGGCUGACAAUGCUGGACUGGAUACUGCAUAUAUACAUGCCAAUGGCAAUGUGGGUCCAGAAUGUGAAGGUAUGUUCCAGAAUCUACCAGAUAAUGGUAAUGCCAAUAACGGAGAGCAAAUGGCCUUGGCUGCACCUAGUUUGAUUCGAUCCCACAGUGUAUCCGGUGAUCUACAUAGUGUUCAACCUGAUCCUGUUGCUGCGGAUAUUCUCAGGAAAGAGCCAGAGCAAGAAACAUUUGUGCGCCUGAAAAUUUCUCCCAGGGAGGCACCAUCUCCCGAUGAAGUGGAUGUUUAUCGGAAUCUGCAAACUUGCCUUGAGUUGAGACAGAGUUACGUAUUCAGGGAAGCUAUUUCACCGUGGGAAAAAGAAAUUAUUACUGAUCCAAGCACCCCAAAGCCCAUUCCGAAUCCGUUUGAUUAUGCUCUGGAACAAAAAUCAGAUCAUUAUUUCCAGAUGGAAGAUGGAGUUGUUCAGGUUUAUGCUAAUAAAGAUUCAAAGGAGAAACUUUUUCCGGUCGCUGAUGCCACCACCUUUUUCACUGAUUUGCAUCACAUACUUAAAGUUAUUGCAGCUGGGAAUAUCCGGACAUUAUGUCACCACCGCCUAGUCCUUCUAGAGCAAAAAUUCAACCUUCAUUUGAUGCUUAAUGCGGAUAGGGAGUUUCUUGCCCAAAAAAGUGCUCCACAUCGCGACUUCUACAAUGUCAGAAAGGUUGAUACACAUGUUCACCAUUCAGCAUGCAUGAAUCAGAAGCAUCUGUUAAGAUUUAUAAAGUCAAAGCUGAGGAAAGAGCCUGACGAGGUUGUCAUAUUUCGUGAUGGUACCUAUUUGACAUUGAAGGAAGUUUUCGAGAGCUUGGACUUGUCUGGAUAUGAUCUGAAUGUUGACCUGCUUGAUGUUCACGCUGAUAAGAGCACCUUUCAUCGUUUUGACAAGUUUAAUCUCAAGUAUAAUCCCUGUGGACAAAGUAGACUGAGGGAGAUUUUCCUCAAGCAGGACAAUCUUAUACAAGGUCGUUUCCUUGGUGAGCUGACAAAACAAGUUUUUAAUGAUCUUGCUGCUAGCAAAUAUCAGAUGGCUGAAUAUAGAAUAUCGAUAUAUGGAAGAAAGCAAAGUGAGUGGGAUCAGCUGGCUAGUUGGAUUGUUAAUAAUGACUUAUAUAGUGAGAAUGUUGUCUGGUUAAUUCAGCUCCCCAGACUCUACAAUGUUUACAAGGAGAUGGGAAUAGUGACAUCAUUUCAGAACAUUCUCGAUAACAUAUUCCUGCCUUUAUUUGAGGUCACUGUUGAUCCAAAUUCACAUCCUCAGUUGCAUGUUUUCUUGAAGCAGGUUGUUGGAUUUGAUUUGGUGGAUGAUGAGAGUAAGCCUGAACGGCGGCCUACAAAACACAUGCCCACACCAGAUCAGUGGACCAACAUAUUUAAUCCUGCUUAUUCAUAUUACAUAUACUACUGUUAUGCGAACCUCUACACCUUAAAUAAGCUGCGCGAGUCAAAAGGGAUGACAACCAUCAAACUUCGUCCGCAUUCUGGAGAGGCUGGUGAUGUUGACCAUCUUGCUGCAACAUUUCUGACCGCACAUAAUAUCGCACAUGGCAUCAACUUGAGAAAAUCACCUGUCCUGCAAUACUUGUACUACCUAGCCCAGAUUGGUCUAGCAAUGUCUCCUUUGAGCAACAACUCUUUAUUUUUGGACUAUCAUCGGAAUCCUUUUCCAAUGUUUUUUUUACGUGGCCUCAAUGUCUCGCUUUCAACUGAUGACCCAUUGCAAAUCCACUUAACGAAAGAGCCCCUGGUUGAAGAGUACAGUAUAGCUGCAUCUGUGUGGAAAUUGAGUUCAUGCGAUUUAUGUGAGAUUGCUCGCAAUUCAGUUUAUCAGUCUGGAUUCUCACAUGCACUUAAGUCUCACUGGGUUGGGCAGGAGUACUACAAGAGAGGACCAGAUGGAAAUGAUAUUCAUAAGACCAAUGUGCCUCAUAUUCGCCUGGAAUUUCGUGACAUGAUCUGGAGAGAAGAGAUGCAACAGGUUUACUUGGGCCAAGCUGUAUUUCCCGAGCAUAUUAACCCUUGA